AUGGAGCUGCUUUGCCUCGAAAUGGACACCAUCUUAAGAGCUCGUCCUGAUCCGAAUCUUCUGUGUGAUGACAGGGUCUUACAAAGCCUGUUGACCAUUGAAGAACGAUUUAUUCCCCAAUGUUCUUAUUUCAAGUGCGUUCAGAAAGAUAUUCAGCCAUUUAUGCGGAGGAUGGUUGCUACUUGGAUGCUGGAGGUUUGUACCGAAACACUCUAGGCAAUUUGUUCUCACUACUCAUCUCAAAACACUAAAAUCUGACUUUUCGCUCUGUCAUUUUGUCCAGUUUGCAUGGUGUGAGAAAGAGGAGGGUUGCACAUCACAUUGCCGAAUAUACAAUCCUGAUAGCCUAUAAUUAGCUUCUCUUAUUUAUAUGGUUGUAUUUUUUGAACCAAGUCACUGACGAUUAUGUCUGAGAUACAUUGACAGGUGGUUACAGCGGUGUAGUCUAUCACAAGAUAAAGCUUUUCUUUGCAUAGGUCUGAUCUAGGAAAGGUGCACGGGAUUCUUUGUUAUUUUUUUAAAAAAUUGUCUAAAUAUUUCCAUGCACACGUAUGCAGUUCAAUGCUAGCCCUUUUCUAGCCUAUAUUCUAACGCCAUGUUGUUUUUUCAGGAACUGUUGCAAUUUUUCUGACGAUUUUACAGGUCAUAAACGCUAUAACAGUAGUUGAAACGUGGCAGAAAUGAAAGUGCAGUGUCUAAACUACAUAGUCAUCAUUGAAAUGAAUGCGAAAUAUUUAUCAAACAUUUUCUAUUUAUUUUUUAAAUAUUGGAUCGCGGAAGGGGCGCGGGCCUAUCUGUCCCUUUGGUCUCCUCAUUGAAAUCCGUCACCCAGGAAUUAAGUUAGAUUUUUUACACUUUGUUUGACAUAAUCUGUUGGGAAUAGUCUGAAUAGAAACCUGACCGUCAGAGCUUUAUUUUCAUGUAAGAGUUAUUUUACUAUGAUUCAUUAAAUAUUUUAUAUUAAUUUUUGAAAAUAUAUUUCGACCUGGCGGUGACGCACUCGAGAGCAGCCAUAUGCUACUUCGUUUUACAUUUGACAAUUAUUUCGCAUUUAUCUUCAAAUUACAUGUUUAUCAAUUGUCGGGUCUGAUGUGAAAGACAUUGGUGUUCAUUAUGAUGUGAACAUUUUAGGUGUAGACAAUUUAUUUAUAUUUUUAAAUAUUUUAUGAAAAUAUGACGAAGGAAAGAAAAAGAGGUUCGGUACUGUGUUCCAUGGGUGUUUUUUGGCUGGGUGAUUGUGACUUGAAUUCAUUUCUUACUGAAGGAAUGCGAGUCUAUUGACAGCCUGUGCCUGAGAGCUUUUUAAAACAUUGAAAAUAAUCUAUUUAGAAUUUAUUGAUGAUGUCGCAACAACUCUGGGUGGGGCUCAAUUCUUGGCCAGGUCCCAAAGGGUUUCGACGAAUUUAUAUGCAUAUCUGGCUAUUACAUUAUUUCCUUCAUUUCGUUAUCAUUUUUAUGUUUCACAUGUAUUGAACACAUUUUAGGUAAUUGAAAUAACUGGAUUUUGAUUAUGCCAAAUGCUGCACAUUGUCACAAGUCGCCUUUCUCUCUAGGUUUGUGAAGAACAGAAGUGUGAGGAAGAAGUUUUUCCCUUGGCGAUGAACUACUUGGACAGAUUUUUAGCCGUGGUUCCAACCAGAAAGUGUAAUCUGCAACUUCUUGGAGCAGUUUGUAUGUUCCUUGCAUCCAAAUUGAAAGAAACUCGUCCAUUAACUGCAGACAAACUCUGCAUCUACACAGAUAACUCCAUCAGACCACAGGAGCUGCUGGUAAGCAACAGUUGGUUUCUGCCAACAAAAGUAUGAGUUACAUUUCAGAUUGUUAUUGAGGCUUUGUCAAAUAUGAAACUCAUGGCUAAUUGUCAAUGUUAAUGUUAUGGGCCAUACCUCAAAAACUAUUUACAUAUAUAUGUUUUAUAUGUAUUCAUAUUAGAUAGGCUACUGUCCAUUUUCUCUAAGGAUAAACUAUUAUGGAAUAUAAUUUACUGAAAUCAUCAGCAAACCUAGAUUAAAUGUUUGGGCCCCAUCACUCUAGGAAUGACCCAGAGUGCUUUGUCCCCCAAGAGUUCUGUACCAUACUACAGGCAACUGCCAAAAUAAAGGAAACACCCACAUAAAAUGUCUUAAUAGGGCGUUGGGUCACCACAAGCUGCCAGAACAGCUUCAAUGCGCCUUGGCAUAGAUUCUACAAGUGUCUGGAACUCUAUUGGAGGGAUGCGACACAAUUUUUCCACAAUAGAUUCUAUAAUUUUGUGUUUUAUUGAUGGUGGUGGAAAACGCUGUCUCAGGCGCCGCUCCAGAAUCUCCCAUAAGUGUUCAAUUGGGUUAAGAUCUGGUGACUGAGACACACACACACCCUUUAAACCCCCCAUGCUCCUUUAAGACCCCUCUUUCAAAGUCAUUGAGAUCUCUUCUAGCCAUGGUAGCCAAAAUUAUGGGAAACUGGGCAUUUUUAUACAUGACCCUAAGCGUGAUGGGAUGUUAAUUGCUUAAUUAACUCAGGAACCACACCUGUGUGGAAGCACCUGCUUUCAAUAUACUUUGUAUCCUUCAUUUACUCAAGCGUUUCCUUUAUUUUGGCAGUUACCUGUAUAUUGGACUGUACAGUAGGUUUUUGUACAGUGGUCUCUAUCGCCAUCUAGUGGCAAAUAUCUGCAGUAGAACGAGGUCAGCCGUUGAACUGAAGCCAAGGUUUAUAAUAAUAAUAAUAUGCCAUUUAGCAGACGCUUUUAUCCAAAGCGACUUACAGUCAUGUGUGCAUAACAUUUUUACGUAUGGGGUGGUCACAGGGGAUCGAACCCACUACCCUGGCGUUACAAGCCCCAUGCUCUACCAAAUGAGCUACAGUUUAGAUCUGAGGAGUGAGUGAUCUUUAGAGGCUUCAGUCUACAGAGAGGAAGACUCACAUAUUGAUGGUCCUGCCAAACAGAGUUUUGUCUUUGACCUCAAGUUUGCUCUACUCAAGGUUUGACAUAAAUGUCUUCACAGAAUGGACACUGUUACAGGUUUUUGUAGAUCCCGCUUCAAAAAGCACCUUUUCCAAUGUGUUAGAAAACAAUGCUUAUUACUUGCAUACAGUACAUUACAAUUUUGCAUUGGAUUUGUUCACUGAUUGGAUGUCUUGGCUGUAGGCACUCACAACAAGGUUUCACUUGACCUGGUGUGGGCACAUCCUGCUUGUCUUGGUUAGGGCUACUGCUGUAGUCAUUGGUACCCCAAAGUUAGAGCCUUUGGCAAGCUCAUAGGGUCAUGGUGGACCAGACGUCUGUUGUUAGCUAGUUCAACCCCAAGUGGUGGUGAACAUUUAAAUAGUCAGUUUCUCACAUCAGAAAAGUAUUUCCUCUGCGACGCUACAUAAACAUUCUUUAGUAAACAACAGUCAAUCCCACCCAUGUUGUGAAAGAGGCCACAUAUUAUUCAGCUGUGGAGGCUGAGAGCUUGGGGGCUGCCUGGGCCUGGCCCACCUCCUCAGUUGAUUGCUGAUCCCGAUGCUGUGGUACUAAGUAUGUAUGGGUUUGAGAGGCCAGCCAUUGCCUGUGAUGACAGGCCCUGCAUUAGUGGUCUUAGGAGGAGGGACAGCCUUAGCUCCUAUCGCUCUCAUUGGUUGUUACUGUAUUACUUGCUGACAGAAGCAUGAUCAACAUCAGGUGAAGAGCCACCUUUUGCUGGGAACUGGGCUGGACUGGACAGGACUGGGCUGUAUCUACCAUACAUGUUGUUUAGGCAUGGGUCAGAGGAGUACCAUGUUCCUGAGAUGGUUUCACAAGGCUUGCCUGGGCGUGUUCACAAUUAGCUUCUCUAUAAGGCAAUCUUUUGGCUGACAGAUAGAUACAGGAAACAGGAGAUCAGCUGCUCGGCCCAUGUGAUCGUUUUUUUGUCCCCAUCUUUGGUAACAAUUUCUUGUAAAAGAAACCACAAUGUCACCCAGAAGGUGGGACCGGAGGCACCAGCAGAAGGAAGUGGGUGCCUGCAUGGAGGGUGUGUUGCAAGGUUUUGCCACAGCUCGAUUAUCUAUAGAUUCAUCUCAGAGAUCUAGUGAGAAUAUAUAUAUGAGAUAUAUAUCUAGACUAGAGAUAUAAUCAUAGAGGAUUCUCCUAAUUAGUUGUAUAGAUAUAUAAAUAGAUAUAUAUAUAUCUAGAGUGUCUGUGGUGAUAUGAUUGUAAAAAAUCUAGAUCCUAUUAAUAGAGGAGAAUCGAUGUGGCGAUAUUCUAGACCUAGGAGAGAAAGAGAGCGGGAAAAAAAGAGGUAAUAAUAUUAUCAUAAGCUGUAAUGUUGUUUAUUAUUUAUCUUAUUCUUCUAUCUCUUCUAUCUACUAUUACUCUCUAUCUUUUAUCUCUUAUAUACUCUCUCUCUCUGUCUGUCUCUUCUAUUUAUAUCUCUAUAUCUAUUCUCUCUUAUCUAUAUAUUCUCUCUCUGUCUGUCUUAUUUUCUAUAUCUUUCUUCUCUCUAUCUCUAUAUAUAUCUCCUUAUUGUUCUCUGCUGUCUUGUCUGUCUUCUUAUCUAACAUCUCUCCUCUCUCUCCUCUCUCUCUCUCUCUCUCUGUGUUGUCUUCUCUUUCAUUCUCGAUCUAUCUCUAUUAUCGCUAUCUCUGUUCUUUAUCUAGAUAUCUCUCUAUAUCGCUCUCUCUAUCUCUAUCUCUCUCUCUCUCUCUCUCUCUCUCUCUCUCUCUCUCUCUCUCUCUCUAUCUCUCUCUCUCUCUCUCUCUUCUCUCUCUCUCUGUCUGUCAGCUGUCUGUCUGUUUUCUACCACAGCAGAAAGCAGACCUCUAAUGAUAGAGAGGGGAAACACUGCAGAGUGCGGACAAGAGUUAGGUCACAGUCAGGGCCAUCUAUCUAUACGAUUCCUCAUUGAUUCCUUGAAUUCUAACCGCAGCAUCUAUUUUGUCAACGGCCUCUUUCUCAGCGGUAUCUGUGGCAUUCUUAAGAAGUGACUCACUGAACCUUAGCAGUUUUUAACUGUUUUUGUAAGUUGAUAGGGAAACACAACACCCUGUGAAACUGAAGUGGGGAUAUCAUAGGGAUGUAUCAUAGGGAUAUGAAGUGCUGCUUGCGCCAUCUAUAGUGUGUGGUCCUCUUUCAGAGAAGAGGAGAGAGAGAUACAGUUCACCUGAUAUUGGGAAUGAGAUUUGGUCAUCGGUUCAGAAUUACUGUGUCAUGGAGCUUUGAAGGCAGUUAAUGGCUGCCACAUUGGACCGGCGCCGUCUCAUGGCUAAGAACCAGAACCAUGUGACUCUCUGAAGGGGAAAAUCACUAGCAUCCCAGGUCCCAGUCACAAGGACAGUCGCAAACCACACAAUUUCUCCCAAAUUAGUCACCAGCUCCUUCCGUUACUCACCCUUUCUUCUCUAAGAAACAAGGGCAACCGUACAACUCAAACAUAACCUCUCACCCCCCCAAGAAAAAUAAAACCAUGUAAUUUAAGCUAGGCCUAUACAGUGAGGGAAAAAAGUAUUUGCCCACUGACAAAGAAAUGCAUGUAAAAAAUGCUAUGAAUUGAUUUGCAUUUUAAUGAGGGAAACAAGUAUUUGACCCCUCUGCAAAACAUUACUUAGUACUUGGUGGCAAAACCCUAGUUGGAAAUCACAGAGGUCAGAUGUUUCUUGUAGUUGGCCACCAGGUUUGCACACAUCUCAGGAGGGAUUUUGUCCCACUCCUCUUUGCAGAUCUUCUCCAAGUCAUUAAGGUUUCGAGGCUGACGUUUGACAACUCGAACCUUCAGCUCCCUCCACAGAUUUUCUAUGGGAUUAAGGUCUGGAGACUGGCUAGGCCACUCCAGGACCUUAAUGUGCUUCUUCUUGAGCCACUCCUUUGUUGCCUUGGCCGUGUGUUUUGGGUCAUUGUCAUGCUGGAAAACCCAUUUACGACCCAUUUUCAAUGCCCUGGCUGAGGGAAGGAGGUUCUCACCCAAGAUUUGACGGUACAUGGCCCCUUCCAUCAUCCCUUUGAUGCGGUGAAGUUGUCCUGUCCCCUUAGCAGAAAAACACCCCCAAAGCAUAAUGUUUCCACCUCCAUGUUUGACGGUGGGGAUGGUGUUCUUGGGGUCAUAGGCAGCAUUCCUCCUCCUCCAAACACGGCGAGUUGAGCCACAACACUUUCACCCAGUUCUCCUCUGAAUCAUUCAGAUGUUCAUUGGCAAACUUCAGACGGGCAUGUAUAUGUGCUUUCUUGAGCAGGGGGACCUUGCGGGCGCUGCAGGAUUUCAGUCCUUCACGGCGUAGUGUGUUACCAAUUGUUUUCUUGGUGACUAUGGUCCCAGCUGGCUUGAGAUCAUUGACAAGAUCCUCCCGUGUAGUUCUGGGCUGAUUCCUCACCGUUCUCAUGAUCAUUGCAACUCCAUGAGGUGAGAUCUUGCAUGGAGCCCCAGGCCGAGGGAGAUUGACAGUUCUUUUGUGUUUCUUCCAUUCCAUUUGCGAAUAAUCGCACCAACUGUUGUCACCUUCUCACCAAGCUGCUUGGCGAUGGUCUUGUAGCCCAUUCCAGCCUUGUGUAGGUCUACAAUCUUGUCCCUGACAUCCUUGGAGAGCUCUUUGGUCUUGGCCAUGGUGGAGAGUUUGGAAUCUGAUUGAUUGAUUGCUUCUGUGGACAGGUGUCUUUUAUACAGGUAACAAGCUGAGAUUAGGAGCACUCCCUUUAAGACUGUGCUCCUGAUCUCAGCUCGUUACCUGUAUAAAAGACACCUGGGAGCCAGAAAUCUUUCUGAUUGAGAGGGGGUCAAAUACUUAUUUCCCUCAUUAAAAUGCAAAUCAAUUUAUAACAUUUUUGACAUGCGUUUUUCUGGAUUUUUUGGUUGUUAUUCUGUCUCUCACUGUUCAAAUAUACCUACCAUUAAAAUUAUAGACUGAUCAUUUCUUUGUCAGUGGGCAAACGUACAAAAUCAGCAGGGGAUCAAAUACUUUUUUCCCUCACUGUAUGUCAUUGGCUACUACUAAUAGACAUUUGGAAUGUGCAGUUGAGGAUACUGCUCACGAUUGAACAAGUUCAAGUUGAAUAGUUUUAGGGAAACUGUUGUUUAGUUUAUAGUUAUGCUAGGUGCGGAUAUCUUUUUUUUAAGCCUCUCCUUUUAUGCUGUUCACAUCAAACAUUAGGUAUACACUUGUUUUGUCUGUGUGCCAGGUGAGCUGUAAAUCGUUGUAAAUUAGGUCUGUUGGUCUUUUUUUGGCGUUUGUUUAACGUUAUCGAUCGAAUACAGAGACAGCGUCAAUUUGAAUAUAGCUAGGUGCUCAAAGUAGCAAAACAGGCCCUAACUGUGGUAAAACUUAAUGGCUUUCAACAGGUUAUGACAAAGGUAAAACUAUGCUAUCCUGUGCUAACCUAUUUGCUGUGCAUUUUGUCAUGCAUUUGUACAUGUAUAAUUUAUACUGUGUUCAAGACCAUGGUACUUGCCUACGGAGCAGCAAGAGGAACUGCCCCUGCCUACCUUCAGGCUCUGCUCAAACCCUACAGCCCAACCCGAGUACUCGGUUCUGCCACCUCUGGUCUCCUGGCCCUCCCACCCCUACGGGAGGGCAGCUCCCGCUCCGCCUAGUCAAAGCUCUUCUCUGUCCUGGCACCCCAAUGGUUGAACCAGCUUCCCCCUGAAGAUAGGACAGCAGAGUCCCUGCCCAUCUUCCGAAAACAUAUUAACAUUAUAGCUGCUCUCAUCAUAAAACAGUCUCUCUCUCUCUCCCUCUCUUUCUCUACCUCUCUUUCCCCCCCUCUCUCUCUCUCUCGCUCUCUCUCUCUCUUUUUCUCUCUAUUUUCUCUCUCUCUCUCUCUUUCGCUCUCUCUCUCUCUCUUUCGCUCUCUCACUCACUCUUUCUCGCUCUCUCUCUCUUUCUGUUUCAGGAGUGGGAGCUGGUGGUGCUGGGGAAGUUGAAGUGGAACCUGGCGGCUGUCACACCAAACGACUUCAUCGAACAUAUCGUGAGGAAGCUGCCGUUGCCCGAGGACAAGCUGGCGCUGAUACGUAAACAUGUGCAGACCUUCAUCGCCCUCUGUGCCACAGGUAUGUUGCAUCCUUUAUUGAUACUGAAGUCUCACUGGGGGACAAUGACAGCCUUUGAUUAGAAACAUUUAUGUCAUCAAAAGAUGAGCCAAUGGGGAUGUGGGUUGCCAUCUGAUAUCACUUUUGGCUCCCAUGCCACAUUUUGUAAGUCAAAACGAUAACGGAUGUGCUGCCAAGUCAAUUAGGUGCUGAUGUCUUGCGUCAACAUAGUUGCGGCUGUUGCAAAAUAUCCUUGUCUCUACAUCAAAAUCUCCUUUCUGAGGAACAAUGUCUGGAGGAGACCCCAUUCAGGUGGCUUUGUGGCCCCCCCAUCAUGCGGUGUCGUGAUGCCUUGUAACUUAAGUGAGAUGUAUUACCUCAAUGUGAAAAUAUGUGGGGCUUAGAAAAGCAUGUGUCAUGGAGGACGUGUCUGUGAGAGUCUCAUGUCCACGUCCAUCAUCUUUCUCUCUUCCGGCUGCGGCGGCUGGUACGGUCAUAUUCUGAAGGCAUAUCAGAGGCUAACAGAAAAUAGAGUGACACUUCAAAGGGCAGCGGCCUGGUUUAAAGGACAUUCCCAUGUUCCUGUGUGCUCCGGGACUGAGGGAGGAUCUGACGGGGGUGGGACUGGGCAUUGUCUCCUCUGCUCUCCAGGGUGGAUUGUUUCUUCAAGAUCAAACAUCGAGUUGUGGGAGUGAGAGGAGAUUCUCUAAAUAUGAUCUGAAAAACUGGAGAGGAGGAGGGUAAGAGCAAAGAAAGAAAGGGAGGAGGAGUAUAUUGUUCCUGCAGUGCCGAAUAGUGAGGCAUGUCAUAUUUUCAUAUCUCUCCGUCUCCCUCUCUUACGCCUCCCUACUGCUUGAGGGCAUGAUGACUUUCCCAUGUUCAGGGAGUGUUUGUGGGGCAGGUUCUCCCAGCACACAUUGCUGCAGCAAGGCUCUCCUCUCCCUCCCAGGCCCCUCUGGACUCCACCCCAGGGUCCCAUCUCUGGCCCCACAU